CUCUGACGCGCUCCGGUUCCCUCUUUCUCUUUCUCCGCACUCUCCUCCGUCCCCUCCGCGUCGUCCAGGUCAUGAAGGUGGCGGGUGGCAGCGCCGCGGUAGCCGCGGGCCCGAGCUGCGCGCUCAAGGCCGGCCGGGCGGCGGGCGGCGCGGGCGAGGUGGUGCGCUGCCUGUCCGAGCAGAGCGUGGCCAUCUCGCGCUGCGCGGGCGGCGCCGGGGCGCGCCUCCCGGCCCUGCUGGACGAGCAGCAGGUGAACGUGCUCCUCUACGACAUGAACGGCUGCUACUCGCGCCUCAAGGAGCUCGUGCCCACCCUGCCCCAGAACCGCAAAGUGAGCAAGGUGGAGAUCCUCCAGCACGUCAUCGACUACAUCAGGGACCUGCAGUUGGAGCUCAACUCGGAAUCCGAAGUCGGGACCCCGGGAGGCCGGGGACUACCUGUUCGGUCCCCGCUCAGCACCCUGAACGGAGAGAUCAGCGCCUUGGCGGCCGAGGCGGCGUGCGUACCAGCCGACGACCGCAUCUUGUGUCGCUGAAGCACAGCACUGAUGACCACUGGACCCCAGCUUCCCGGGAGGCAGGAGGAAUAGUGCGCUGGGUUCCCAAAAGCACCUCGCCGGAGCCGGGGGAAACACGACACAUUGCGGCCAUUAGGGCCCUUGGCUGGAUCUGGCCCAGGAUUGGGGGACUGAGGAGAGGAGACCCUCACUCCACACCUAUUAGCCCCUGGAGACUAUGGGGAGGGGGGUUGAACCGCCCCCGUGUGUUUCUUUUUUUUGAAAAGCAGACAUUUGAAAAAAUGGUCACGUUUGGUGCUUCUCAGAUUUCUGAGGAAAUUGUUCUGUAUUGUAUAUUACAAUGAUCACCGACUGAGACUAUUGUUUUACAAUAGUUCUAUGGGGGUGGUUUUGUUGUUAUUAAACAAAUACUUCAGCUGA